UCUACGCGGCCCCCGGAAACGCCGCCCGCUCGGGGUGGGCGGGAGGGGCAGUCUGCCCCCCACGGGCCCGAAUCCCCGCCCCCCAAAUUCCCGGGCGAUCGGUUUCGGGGCCCCCCUUUUUGUGCGGGUAACGGCCAGGGCGGGGCGGUGCCGAGGCCCAGACGGACAGACUGGCGGGCGGCCGGAAGGAGGACGCCCCAGGCCUGGGCCGAGCUGGACCCACGCCGCCCCCGCCUUGGGAGCCGCAGACGGCCCUCAGCGCCUUUUUCCAAGAGACCAACAUCCCCUACAGCCACCAUCACCACCAGAUGAUGUGCACUCCAGCCAACACCCCCGCCACGCCCCCCAACUUCCCCGAUGCCCUCACCAUGUUCUCCCGUCUCAAGGCCUCCGAGAGCUUCCACAGCGGAGGCAGCGGCAGCCCGAUGGCCGCCACGGCCACGUCGCCCCCGCCGCACUUCCCGCUCACCGCCACCGGCAGCUUCGCGGCACCCAGCUGGCCGGCUGCGGCCUCGCCCCCAGGGGGGGCACAGCACCACCAGCCGCAGCAGCCGCCCCUGUGGACUCCGGCACCCCCUUCCCCGGCGUCAGACUGGCCGCCCCUGGUCCCCCAACAGGCCACCUCAGAACCCAGAGCCCACCCGGCCAUGGAGGCCGAGAGAUAAGGGAGGCCCCUCCCCCCUCCCGGAGGCCAGAACCCCGUGGGGCGGGGGAGAGGACGUCUCUGCGGGCCCCCUUUACCCUCCUCUGUCUGCACCCC